AUGAUCGGCAAAGUCAUUCUUUCCACCGUCUUUGUGUUUGUGGCUGUUUACGCCGAGAUGAACUAUCAGACUUGCAACGAGGUUCAAGAAUGCUUUCCAUGGUUUGUCUGCCAAGAUGGAACCUGCCAAUGUGAGUUUAUAUGA